AUGGCCAUGAACAUUCAAUUACCAGAUCCGGAUCCUCUUCAAACUCCAUUACAAGGCUUGUCCCGCCAGUCUCUUGGGCCACUUUGCAAACUAGCAAUUCUCGAUGGAUUCUGGAGCGAAUCGGAUCCCUCGUUUGACCACACGAGCUUGCCAUUGGAUACAUAUUUCGAACAUUUCGAGCAACAAUGUCGUUUGGCUUUACAUAACUGGGAGCGGCAUGAUGUUUCGUCUUUGAAGCUCUCCCACCUCGUCGACUUGGCUCAAAUGAUCCAAGGACACUGUCAAGAGGUCUCGGGGGAAAUCAUUGACCUGACCGUCCGGCUUCUACUUAUGAUUCAAACCGGGGGGUUCCGGCAGGCCCUGACUCCCGGCCAAGUGAGCCUCGUCUGGGCUGACGGUCCAUUGCUCGAAAGCUUGGCAGCGUAUUUCAACCAUCACAUAGUAUUGAAAGACUCUGUAGAGCUGGACAGAACGUUUACUGCAAGAAAUAUUGAACGAAUUGGCGGUAUUCGGAUUGUAUGGACAUCGAAUCUUAUUGAUCACUUGCGGAUGAGGGAUGACCGGAGCGUUGCGCUAUUCCAUCAUGCUGCUUAUCUCCACUAUCAAAAGGACUGUUGCGAUAUCUAUCCAGAAGGUCUAAUACAAGAAACGAUUAAUACGCUCAGCCUCCUCCUUCCAAUCGACAAGCGAGAUACGAAGAACUGGUUUCUCAAAAAACAAAUGGAACUACAUCUUGACAAUGAAGCAGCCCGUUGUCGACCACUGACGGCAGACGAGCGGAAAAUUGACAAAUUCAAGUUUUGGCGAGGCCGACUCGUGAUCUUGAAGCAGGCCUUCGACGACGCAAAACCGAGAACCUUCAGGCAAGCAUGGCUGGAUCGACGUAACCCUACACAGUGGUACAACUUUUGGAUUGCAGGGCUUUUCCUUAUUGGUUUCACAAUCUUACUUGGCAUCAUUCAGUGCAUAGAAGGGGCGUUGCAAGUUUACAAGGCGUAUCAACCAACUUAAAAAUUGCAUUCCCUAUUCCAAAGCCUUGCC